AUGACUUGGACCGUUCAAGGAGGAGCGGGAGAACCUGUCGAGUUCCAUAUGCCCGCUUGGGGAUGGCCUCUGAUUCUUGCCGACGCCAUUAUUCUUAUCCCCAUUUCGCUUCUGGUUCAAUAUACCCUACUCUACAUCUACCCCGUCUUCACCAUCAUUGAAGAUGAGAACCCCCCUGCCUAUGAGCCCCUUCCUAGCAACGGAGAUGAUGAGGCUACCGCUGGCGCCCCCAAGCCUACCGAUGGCGCCCCUCGAACUGUGACUUCUUCUCUUCGCUCCAUCAACCGCCUUCUCACCUCGUAUGGCGGCUUCCGAGCCAACUUCCGUGGAUUCAUGUGUCUUCUAGUCCAGAAUAUCCUCAGCAGUGUUGUCGCCUCAUUCUUCUCUUGGUUCCCUGCUAGGCCUUUUGCCCAGCUGCUGGCAUCCUUGGUCAUGGUUCAAUACGCUACUGCUUGGGUUCACAUUGUCAUCUCGCACCCUUCCCCUCGAAGAUUUUGGCGCCGCCUGCCUACCUUUAAGCGCGCCUUUACUGCUACUUGGAAGCCCGUUGUGAUUUACUGGGUUGCCACCCAAGUGCACCAAUGGGUUCCCCUCUUGCUGUCCGGCCUGAUCGGCUUUGACGCGCCAUCUUUCAGCUGGGGCUCUGGCAACCUUCCUGACGACUUCAGCGAACACAAAAUUUCUUAUAUGAUCAAGGCAGGAGUGUACUUUCUCCUGAGCACAAUGCUGUGGGUUGUUGUCAUCAUCCCCGCCCGCGUCGUUCUCGUCCGUGUUCAGGCUUCGCUUCUCCCUGAAGACGAAGAUCCCAUCAUCCCCUUCGACCGCUCUUUCGAUGGCAAGGUCGAGCCUGCAGUGGUGGGCGGCUUGGGCUACGCCACCGUUGCCAACGCCUGGUCUACCUUUUCCAAGGCUGCUUGGAGACGCGUGAUCAUCCUUUACACCAAGAUUUUUGGCGUCGUUGUGGCUACAAUGAUCCUUUCUUGGGCCAUUCUCAUUCCUACUGGCCUGCUCCUGAUGAAGUUCGGCGCAAAGAGCACUUAA